GCCUCCCAAACAAACUUUGCCCUGUCAUGUGACCGCUUUCAAAAUAGGGAUAGCCUAUCUUCAUUUUUCGUCGACAGUUUAAAAUGAAGUUUGUCAAUCUGUUUGGGAGGAUGAAAUCAGUGGUCAUUGGGAUGAUUCACGUCCGGGCUCUUCCAGGCACCCCCUUGAACACUGCAACCUUGCCGGAGAUAACCGAAGAGGCCUGUCGUGAGGUGGAAAUUUACCAAAGAGCCGGACUUGAUGGAUUGAUAAUUGAGAACAUGCACGACAUUCCAUACACAUUUGAUGUUGGACCAGAGAUCUGUGCCAGUAUGACAGCAGUCUGUGCUGAAGCUAGGCGUCUCUGUCCAUCCAUGCCACUUGGAGUCCAGGUCUUGUCUGCUGCCAAUCAAGUUGCACUGGCUAUAGCACUUGCUUCAGGUCUGGAUUUUAUCCGAGCGGAAGGAUUUGUAUUUUCACAUGUUGCUGAUGAGGGUCUGCUGAAUGCAUGUGCUGGAGAUCUUUUGCGAUACCGCAAGAAAAUAGGAGCACAACAUGUACAGAUCUUCACCGAUAUUAAGAAGAAGCACAGCUCCCAUUCCAUAACGGCUGAUGUGGGAAUUGCUGAGACAGCCAGAGCUGCAGAGUUCUUCCUCUCUGAUGGGCUGGUCAUUACAGGAACAGCCACCGGGGUUCAGGCUGAUCCUGUUGAACUCAGAGAGGUUGCACAGGCUGUGAGAACCCCUGUGCUGAUAGGCUCAGGGGUGACUGAAGACAAUGUGCAGCACUACCUCGAUGCAAACGCUAUGAUUAUUGGCUCCCAUUUCAAAAGAGGAGGCUAUUGGGCCAAUGCAGUGGACCCAGAGAGGGUGAAACGGUUCAUGGGAAAGGUGAAUGAACUCCGGAAGUAAAGCAGUGUACAGUAUU